AUGUCCACCGAGUUCCAAAACUACUGUGCAGAGAAUGGCAUCCAACGCGAACACACCAUCCGCGACAGUCCCCAGCAGAAUGGAGUCGCUGAGAGAUUCAACCGUCACCUUGCUGAAGGGGUAACUGCAAUGCUUUCAGAAGCAAAGCUACCACCGUCGUUCUGGGCCGAUGCUGCCAGAGCCUUUGUCCACACCCAUAACCGACUUCCAUCCUCUGUUCUCGAUGGUAUAACCCCCAUAGAGAUCUGGAAUGGCUCAAAACCCUCUGUUGGACACCUACGUGCUUGGGGCUGCCGAGCCCAUGUACACCUUCAAAAGGAUCAGCGUGUACAGCUCGCACCCCAUACGCGAAAAUGUGUCUUCAUUGGAUAUCCAAAUGACUACAAAGGUUGGAUAUUCUGGGACCCACAAACACAGAAGGACUUCGUCUCUGACAGUGCAAUAUUUGUCGAAGAUGAGUUCCCAGGGGGUUCUAAAACGAAGAGCCAUGUUCCACAGCCUGUAGAUGACAUAUCACCAUCAUUCUCUCUCGUCCCAUUUGUGCCACACACACCAAACCCUCCAGUCCAGCCAUCUGGUCCACCUCCUGACGAGCGAAUCCGUCUGGAGCAAGGCCAAGGUGAUGAUCAAGACUCACUCCCAGACCUAAACCUCCUUGAUCUCAGCAACUCUGACGAUGACAACGAUGGAAAUGGCAACGAUACCCAAGAGCCACCGAGAGUCACACUAGAUCUCCCUGCUCAGUACAGACAUCUUGCGCCAAGCAACAAAAUUUCCAGGAGCCUGCCAGGCAAGCGGCAGACUCGAUCAGCUCACCCAGCAUAUAAUGAGACUGCAGAUGCUGCACAGUCAAUAGAACAAGACACAGCAUAUGUGUUGGUCUCACUGGCUGAUGGCGUCGAGUAUGCCCUCCAAACGUCUGCAAAGCUCGAGCCCAACACCCUAGCUGAGGCGUUAGAACGUCCCGAUAGUGAGAAAUGGCUCGAAGCGGCAGUCAAAGAGAUUGACGCUCACCUGGAAAAUGGAACCUGGGAGGUUGUGCGGCUGCCACAUGGAAAGAAGGCGAUAGGAUGUCGUUGGGUCUUCAAGAUCAAACGUAACCCUGAUGGGUCAAUUGACAAGUACAAAGGUCGUAUUGUUGCAAAGGGCUAUGCUCAGCGCGAAGGUGUAGAUUACACCGAAACCUUUGCGCCUACAGCACGCUUUGGAGCACUGCGGACAGUCAUUGCGCUAGCAGCAGUUGAGGACAUGGAACUGGAGAGUGUCGACAUCUCUACAGCCUUCCUCAAUGGCGAAAUAGAUGCAGAAGUGUACAUGCAGCCGCCAGAGGGACUAACAAUACAUGGAGACUCCGACGGGUCACAUCAAUGGGUACUCCGACUGCUAAAAGGUCUAUAUGGUAUCAAACAGGGGCCGCGACUUUGGUCAGUGAAGCUGCACAGAGUACUCUCUGAGAUAGGCUUCAAACGACUCGAAUGCGACCACAGUGUCUUCGUCUACCAACGCGACGGUGUGCGGAUUAUCAUACCUGUCCAUGUCGACGACCUCAUCCUUGCUUCCAAGUCUCACUCCGCAAUCCACAAAGUCAAGGAGGAACUCAAGCAACGCUUCAAAAUCCAUGACCAAGGCCAGACAACCCAGAUACUUGGAAUUCGACUUGAGCGUGAUCGCACAAGUCGCACAAUUGCUCUCUCACAGCCAGCAUACAUACAAAAGCUACUUGAAGACUACAAUAUGACCGACUGUACCCCAUCUCCAACGCCAAUGCCUGAUGGGCUUCGACUCUCAGCAGAAAUGAGUCCAAAAACAGCUGAACAAAAGGAGCGAAUGAAAAGCAUCCCAUACAGAGAGGCCGUAGGCCGUCUCUUAUACCUCUCAAUUGCAACUCGCCCCGACAUCUCAUAUGCUGUUGGUGUUCUGUGUCGAUACAAUUCCAACCCAGGAGAACAGCAUUGGAAUGCUGCCAAGCAUGUCCUCAGAUACCUCAAAGGCUCGCAAGAUCUCAAACUCAUCUAUUCUCCCACCUCUUCCACCGACCUCUUCACUGCCCACAGCGAUGCCGACCUGAGUGGGAACCCAGAUAACUCACGAUCCACUGGUGGAUAUGUCCUCUCAGUUGGCUCAGGAGCUGUCAUGGGUAGUCGACUACAAAACAUGUCUCACUCUCAUCCACAGAGUCUGAAUACACAACAGCAUCUGCUGCGGGAUGCGAGAUAA